AUGGACACUUCUGCCAACGGCUUAGACGUCAAGGCUGACGCAUUUGGUGCCAAUGUUGACGAAGAAGUCACUCGAAUUUGGAAAGAUGUUGAGGCCCGCGUGGUGCAAAUGGCGGGUGGCGAUGCAGCCAAAAUCAAGCAAGGGCUCGGCAUAAACGACGUCCUACAAUACUUGAACCAAGCCCAGGUCAAAGACAAGCAAUGCAUUCAGACAGUUGGUGGUAUAGUCGCUGAUGGAGCCUCGUAUGUCUUCGCUCCCGCUGGUCAAUGCUAUAAUGCCCUCACCUUUGUGAUUCAGGCAUGGCAGGGGUAUGAAGGUAUCUUUGAAAGUCUCGCUGGGCUUCUUGAGAAGUGUAUCGAGUUUCUUGAUCGACUUGAAUACUACGCUAAGCCGGGGAUGGACGCAAAGCUUACCAGAGUUGCUUGUCAGCAUCUCCAAAUUUUUGUCAAGAUCUGCGAUCGCAGCCUUGGCCUUCGAUCCAAGAGGAGCAAAUUUGCUGCCUUUAUGAAACAAAUGUUCCUCAACGACGAUGGUAUGCAGGGUCUGUUAAGCGAAAUGCAGAACCUCGUUGAUAAAGAACAUUCGCUUGUUUCAGCCCAGACAUGGAAGUCUAGUAACGAGGCAGCUUCCAAUUCAAGAGACGGGUUACUACUCACUCGAAACCUACACAGCAGUUUAGUCGACGACAGAAACAAGAAGCAGCACGAAAAUGAACGACUAAAAUGGAAGCAGACUAUUGUCGAUGCACUAGAGCUGAACCCUUCCGUUCUGAAGCCUGAUUCCCAAGCGCCGUGGGAUAAGGCAUGGAAGCGGCACAAGGAGAACAGGUUUGAGGGCAGUGGUGAAUGGCUUAUCCAAGACCCUAGGUUUACAGCUUGGGUCUCGGGUGACGAAGGAUCGAAACAGAUUUUAGCCUUCCAAGGUGAAGAGGGCGCAGGAAAGACACUUUUAGCAUCAAACGUCCUACUUCACCUACGCAAGAUGAGAGCGUCGGGACCCAAAGUCAUCAUCGCCCACAACUUCCUUGACAAAGACUCCAAGUCAACGACCGUCCAGGACGAUGCUCUCGACAUAUCCAGACAUGUGAUGGGGCAAAUAGCUCUGUCUCAUGAUCCAAUCAUGAAGAGUGUGGCAGGUAUCUGCGACAAAGUAAGAGACUUCAGCAGCCCGCUUGAAAUCUUGACAGCACUUCUCCUCGACAAUCAGGACCUAUUGGCUAUGGAUUUAAACAUGUUCAUCGUUCUCGACGGUCUGGGCGAUAACGCUGAGGUCCUGAUUAAGUUCCUGCAGGACUUCUCCGACAAUCCUCUCAUCCAGCGUACACGAAUCCUCCUGACGGGAAAGAAACAGUUAUUUGAAAAUAUCAACAAGGCUGGUGGAGUGAAAAUGGAAAAGAUCAUUCUAGGCGAGACGAACAGCAAGGACCUCGAGAUAUAUAUCAACAAGCGCAUGGACGGCAUGGAAAUUCUCAAAGAUACGUCUCGACCAAGCGUUUCAGACCUGCGGCUCAAAAUUCUCCAAGAACUUCAAUCCUCCACAGAAGGAGAUUAUUACAAGAUUGGAAGAGUACUUGAUAAUGUCGCGGCGGCAACUGAGGUCGAGGAGAUCAAUUCGUUGCUUGAGUCAGCAGGUGACGUACGACCGGAUCAGAUCGAAUCUGAUAUUGAGAAGCUGAAUCAGAACCGCACUGCGAAAGAGAUUGCUGAGAUUAACGAAAUCAUCCUCUGGGUCAACGCUGGCAAAAUGUGGUUCAACCCGCUUUCGAUGGAGGCCGCACUCGCUUUAAAAGCCGGUCCCGGGGGGAGCACAUCACUCAUGUCAGUGGAAACCAAGAUUGCGUCCAAGUACAACAUCUUUUCUACUGAAACAGGUUUCGUCGAGUACAAGGUCGACAAGAUUGAGGAGAUGAUUCCGCUCAAGAAGCGAGACGUUACUGAUGAUCAAAGCUCAAGUGGCUUUAAGGAGAUCCAACCAGCCGAGGUCAAUAUCAUCAAGCAUUACCUCUCAACAGUAUGUCCAAGCGAUCUUUACCAGAAGUUUGGUUUCGACAAGUUCUUCGAAUGCAAGAUGACACGCAAGAGCAACUACGUCUGCAGAGAUCCAGACAAUGCAGAAGCCACAAUGGUUCUUCGCUGCAUAGCCUGUCUUGCCGAUGAGCGUACCAACAAGACAGAGCUCCUCCUAUCUUACGCAUCUGAGUAUCUCCAGCUGCACCUGGAAGAAGCCGACUUAUCCUUGACAGACCGUUCUAUCAAGGCCGAGGCAGGCAAGGCCCUCGUCCGGCUGUUUACUGAACAAUAUCCUCUGGAUUCUUUGUUCGGUUUCCACCUGCCGGUCGAGGAUGCCACAGAAGUAGCCUUUUCAAAUAUUGGCAUCCCUCUUACUUGGAAUACCUGGAUCUUUUCAGACGAAGGAGUCAAUUCUAUAGCGAAAUGGUUCAAAGACUCGGCGGUUAAAGAACUUGUCAAGGAUAAUGACUUGAUCGUGUCUUUUGACUUUGCCAGUAAUCGACAUCUAGCUCUGUUUGGCGUCGCUGCAACAGUGGCUGCUAAAGACCUUUUCGUGAGAGACACAAGCAGACGUGCGACCAUUCGAGCCUACAUCUUCCUGAGCGCAUUAUUGAACAAGGGCCAAGCUGCUGCAGACAAAGAUGUGGUCAACAAGGAGAAACCCGGAUCGUCUAAGGAUGUUGCGAAUGUCGACAAGGAAGACAAAACUGACGCAAGUAGUGUGGAUAUCGACCCAAUCUACAAGCCAACGUUUGAAGACUUCCAGCGAGUCGAAAACUGGGCAAGCGAAAGACUGGAGGUUACAGAGAAGGAUUCCAAGUGGGAAGCAAAAGCUUCGCUACUCCUUUCUUAUAUCGGAGGCGAAAGGAUUCCGAAACCCCUGAUCGAAGAGAGAGCUCGGAAGGCGCUGGAGAUGGAACCCGAGAGCUGGGUCGCUGCGUAUGCACUUUCCCGCGUAAGAGAUUCCAGAGAUGCAUCCCUCCAAAGCUUACAGAAGGCUUUCGACUUGCUGAAUAGCGACACUGAGUGGCAGAAAGAGCGUGGUCACAAAGGGAUCUUGGCACGAGUUAUCUACGACCUAGGAGACAAGUAUUGGACAGAUGAAAAGCAACAAGAACAGGCCAUUACCACCUACUCGACGAUAUUCAACUUGGGUCGCUCGAUCGAACUUUUCGAAGGAUUCAAGGACGUUCUUCAGAAGUAUGCCAAGGCUGAGCGCUGGGAUGUCAUGGCGGGCUUCUUUGACCGGCUUCUUGAUGAACCUGACGAUGGACCCAACUUGGCGGGCGACUUCGCCAUGUACGAGGUUUAUAAUAGAGACUUCCAUGCCAUUCUUGUCAAGAUGGUUCGAGCGUUGGGAAGAUUUGACAUCUUGGAUACUUUAUUCGCUCGGGCCAUCGCGAAGGCCACCACCAACACAGAGGUGGAAGGGCGCGGAUGGGAUAACACUCUGCGGUUCCGGUAUGGCGAGACUCUAUUCGAAAUCCCCGGCCACGAAGAAGCUGGGAUACGCGUCUGGGAACUUUUGCUCAAAGACGCACCUGAUGAUCUUCGAGAGUGGGUGACCCGCGCCAUGGUCAACUGCACCGUCCCAGCAUGGCUGGAGCUUGCCAUAGCCGAUAAAGACGUCGACCCAGCACGAGCCAAGAGCUAUUUUGACAAGAUCGAGGCUCAGUAUGAGGAGCUUCAGACUCUUGGGACACGCGAUCAGGAAUCCACCAUUGUCUUUGCUCAGUACUUCAGGUACCGCGGUGAUGUAGCCAAGGCCAAGCAGAUCCUGAAGCCAUAUGUCACAGAGCAACUUGAGAUGCUUUCUGACGAUCGCACUGACAAUGACCAUUGGUCCCUUUGGAUGCUCAGCCAAAUUUUGUCGGUCAUGCGGGACCAUGCUAAUAUCGGCGUCUGCAUGGACCUGAUGCGGUAUACCAACGUUUUUGUGGCUCGCGAAGAGUAUGAGGCCGACAUGAUCAAAUACCGACAGGAGCAGGAGAAAAAGACGCUUGCUGAAGCUAAUGGGGAGACCUUUGAGGGUACCUUUGAGUCUGAGCCACAGGAACCGGUCACCGACUUUAUUUGGUGUGACGGUUGUGAGGCCAAAUGGGACUUUAUAAGCGAGGUUUGGACGUGUUUGAGUUGCAGCGGCAAGGUUCAAUUCUGUGUUGACUGCUAUACUAGGUUACAGCAGGGAACGUUGAACAACGGGAUUUGUAAAAAGGAGCACGAGCACUACCUUUUGCCUAAGAAGAAUGUUGACGAGGUUGAUGCGAUACCGAAGGGCUCUGUCAAGAUAGGCGAGAGGACUAUCGCCUUUGAGGAAUGGAAGGAUGAGAUUCGGGGACAGUACGUAAACCUUCCAUCUCUUCCAGCUUGA